AUGGCAUUGGUGUUCGUGUUUUCUGGGUUUGAUGACACUGAGUUCACGUACGUGAACUCAGUUAACGUAGGGAUUAGUUUUGGAGUUCACGUCUGUGAUCGCGGAGAGUUAGGGUUUUUUAGCAACGGUAAAAAUUUAAAAGAAGUUGUUAUUGAAAAUGAAGAGGUUGAGGAACUUGUUAAAAACUUCGAGUUAUAUACGUUGCUAAAAUGCAGCUACGAGAUGAUCGACAAAGGGAUCAUUUAUGCCUUUGUCGAGAGGUGGCAUCGCGACACCAAUAGCUUUCAUCUUCCAAUUGGAGAGAUGACCAUUACUUUGGAUGAUGUCUCCUCGCUGCUGCAUAUACCUAUCACUAGUGCAUUCUUCAGCGUUAAUAUAUUUAACAUGGAUGAUGUUGCAGAAUUAUUGGCUGAGCUUCUUGGGGUUAAUCAGGCUGCUGCAUAUGCUGACGACGAGAGUGCCUUCGUAGUGAGCGUUGCCUACCUUGAAUGCUUCAGAUAUCUCAACUCAUUCGGGGGAUAUGCAUGGGGUGUUGUUGCGCUUGCUUACCUCUACGACAAUCUUCGAGAAGCGAGCAUGCAUCAGACUAGAACGGUAUCAGGGUAUCUGACACUAUUACAGGAGUAUCCUAGAGCACUUAGAUGGAAGCCAAAACGGGAUAAGGAUUUGGUUCUUCCAUUUAGGAAAGCACUUGACGAGAUUGAUGUUGAUGACAUAUGUUGGACACCCUACAUAGAGCAUAGAUCGAAGCGACCAUUUGAGGUUGUUUCAUUAUUCAGAUGGUGGAUACGUUGUGGUCCCAAGAUGUAUGCUCACUUGCCAGAUAGGGUAUUGCGUCAAUAUGGACAUGUCCAAACCAUCCUUGGUUCACCUUUGGAGAUAGUAGGUCAGACGACCACACCAGAGGAAAUGGACGUCAUGUUUACGCAAUAUGUUGUGCAUGUAGUUGACGAUGGGGCAAUUGUACAUGAACAUGUAGACUGUGCAAAUAAGUACAUGGUCUGGUUUCGUCGGAUUUCUCAUCCAUAUAUCAUUCGUAGAGAACCAGUCCAUGUAGCUCAUUCGGUUGCAGAACCUGCCGAUGAUGAUCAUGCUCCAGCUCCAGUUAAAACAAUGAGCCGAGCAAUACAAAUUGCAGAGGAGCUUCUUGGUCAACAACUGGUAUUACCUGAUGGCAUGACACUCGUGAACGAAUUAAUUUUGGUGUUGCGAUCUCAGAUGAGUGGUGGUAUAGAUUGGAUCAACGUAGUACCAUAUCGUAGGAGACAUAGAGGGACUUAG